AUGAGAGGAUUUCUCAAGUUCGCUGGCGCAGCAUCUCUGCUGGGCCAGCUCGCCAACGCUGCCGUUCAAGUCAACUUCGAUAACGACCAGUCCAUCAAAGACGGCGCGAGCACAAUCGCCUUCGGUCUGUUGAAGUUCUACACAGGAAACAACACCGGCGAUGUACCAGGAAACCUACCGGACCCUUACUUCUGGUGGGAGGCUGGAGCUAUGUUUGGAACAAUGAUCGACUACUGGUUCUUGACUGGAGACACAACUUACAACGACGUGACAAUGCAAGCAAUGCUUCAUCAGGCUGGGGAGGACGCCGACUAUAUGCCACGAAACCAGACGAAAAGCGAAGGAAACGACGACCAAGGAUUCUGGGCUAUGGCGGCGAUGAGCGCAGCGGAGAACAACUUCCCAAACCCACCGGAAGACCAGCCCCAGUGGCUGGCGCUUGCUCAGGCCGUAUUCAACCAGUAUGUUAGCCGAUGGGACAUGGAGACAUGCGGUGGUGGACUGCGGUGGCAAAUCUUCACCUUCAACAACGGCUUCAACUACAAGAACUCGAUCUCGAACGGUUGCUUCUUCAACAUCGCGGCUCGGCUGGCGCGCUUCACGGGCAAUCAGACGUACGCUGACUGGGCAGAGAAGAUUUGGGACUGGGAGGUGGAUGUCGGUCUGAUCACCCCAGACUUCAAGAUCUACGAUGGAGCAGGAGUCGACAACGGCAAGAACUGCAAGGAGAAGGACACGAUCCAAUGGUCUUACAACGCAGGCAUUUUCCUGCAUGGCGCCGCUGUCAUGUACAACCUCACCCGGGACCAGAGGUGGUUGACUCGUACCGAAGGCGUCCUCACCGAGGCUUCAGGUCUUUUCUUCAACCAAAGCGCUAUCACCGAACAGGCAUGCGAGCCCUUCACGCUAUGCGACAUUGAUCAACAGACUUUCAAGGGUUAUUUGGUACGCUGGAUGGCCGGGACAGCACAGGUGGUGCCCCAGUUGUUCGACAAGAUCAUGGGACUUCUGAGGCCUAAUGCCGAGCUCGCCAUGUCAGUUUGCAAUGGAUCUCCGGCGUCCGGAUUCAAGGGCAAGGCUGGAACGGCAUGCGGCUUUAAAUGGAACCCCAAAGGUCAAUUCGACGGACUAGUCGGUGUCGGCCCCCAAAUGAGCGCACUCGAUGCCGCCAUGUAUAUGCUGGUCAAGAAGGCAGAUGUCAAGACCGCACCGGUCACAGCCGACACUGGUGGAACGUCAGUCGGAAACCCGAAUGCAGGCAUGAGUCUGCAGCCCAAGAUUCCCACAUUACCACCGAUCGAGACCAAGGACAAGGUGGCGGCCGGCUUUGCCACGACCGCCAUGGUUCUGAGCGUGGUCGGAGGAUGCUUCUUCAUCAUGAAGUGA